UCAGUACAGUAUCAGUAUCCCAUUCUUACGCUGAGAAAACGGUAGUAAAAUCAGCUGCGUCAAUUUGGUCCGUGUAUUUGUUUACUAUUUGUGUUUUUAUUACAUAUAAUUACCUAAUGAGAGAUACAAAUAUGUUUAAUUGAGCAGUGAUUACGUGAAAAGCGCAAAUGAUGUGACACAAACAUAUUUAUUUUCUUGUAUAAAUAGAUGUGGCCGAGUUUAAGGCGAACUCAGUCGUGUUAUUUUAAUAUAGCACAGUGCAGUGUUAGCGUGAUUUUUUUAUGUGGUGAUUUUUGUAAUAUAGUAAAUAAGAACUAGCCUACAUUGAGAUGGCGACGUUACCAAGAAUGAAUCAUUCAAAACAUGGGAAUAGUAUAUCUUCAGCAUUUAGCACAAGCCCGCGGGCACUCAAAGAGAUGACGCUCCCUUCGCCUGAGGGUCACAAUGUGACAGUGGCCAGUGGAGUUAGCAUGAAGCAAUAUGAAGAACAGUUGAAUUCUUUACGCAAAGAGAACUUCAAUUUGAAGCUAAGGAUAUAUUUUCUUGAAGAAAAAUUAGGUCAUGGCGCACCCCCCGCUGUUCAAGGUUUAUUAGAACACAACGUGAGACUUCAAGUAGAAGUUGAAGAACUAAGAAGACAACUGAGCGAUAAGCAAGAACUACUGGCCGCGGCUGCUGAGGCUAUAGAUGUCUUGGAACAUCAGGGGUCUAUUUCCACCGAAGGUGUAGAGACCUCAAUGAACAACAGUUGUGCUAUGAGACACGCGAUAAACGAGGAAGUUAAGACUACUGAAAAUCAAACAGAACCUGUCGAUGACACGUAUCCGGAAUCCGAAUCAGCUGGGGACUAUCUUGCGGUGACAGUAAAUAAUGAAGAUUUGGAUCAAUUAACAAAGUUACGUAAGGAAAACCACAAGGCUCUACAAAUGAUCAAGGGAUGUAUGAAGAAGAUUCAACAACAAGACAAAGAAAUUAAAAAGUUAAAACUGGAUAAAGAACUAACAUAUGCCCAUGUCAGUGACUCACAAAUCGAAAAGUACAACGAAAUUUUGAAAUGCAAAGAUGAGCACAUUAAAGAUUUGGAAAAUAGACUGAGAAAUUUACAGAAAAAUGCUGAAAUGCAACAAAAUGAAGAUUCCUCCGGCAACCUGCAACAACUACUGACACGACGUUUACAAGGCAUGGCAUACUUCCUUGACAAGCUGUUAUCACAUAAAUGUGUCCUCGGAGAAGAUAAGAAGAAGUUAGCAGAAAGUAUUUUAGAACAAAGCUUAGCUUUACCAGUUGGACUGAAAUUAGAUGAGACUAUGGCACCUGAAGAUUUCACAAUGGAUGAAAGUAAUCUUGAUAUAUCACAAUCGUUAAGAAUAGAGGAUCUAACUAUGAUGUUUGGACACCAUGUCAUGUGCAGCGAUGACAGUAAGAGGUACUCGAUCAAAAAACUGAAUAAGCAUUUCCCUCAAGCGGACGUUAUAUCAGAAUCAGAAUGUUGGUCAGAACCUGAUAGAAAAGUAUCAAUGGCCAGAGUCGGUCUUUGCGACACUGGACUCGCCGGCAAAGAAAUAGUAUCGGACAAUAACAAAGCCAGACCACGCCGUUCUCGCAUCUCUUAUGGUUCCCGUUCCGAAGAUAAUAAAAUGAUUAAUGAAUCGGCAUUCCUAGAAGAAAUACGCGAACUUACUAAUAUCAAUGAACAAUUGGAAGGAGAAAAGAAAGACCUCGAUAGCAAAUUGGAACAAGCGAUGAAGAGAAUCAAUGAGGUUAUAAACGAGAAAGAUGAUUUAAUGAAGGCAUUAACUACUGAACGUAAUAACGUCGUUGAAGCUAAUAACAAUUUGGAUGCACUGAGAAAUACUUACUUAACAAUGGAAUUCAGACUGAAAGACUGCGAGCAACAACUGGUAUAUAAUAUUCAAUUAACAGAUAAAUUACGCAAAGACAAACAAGAUUUAGAAACAACGUUUAUGGAGACCGAGAGAUCGUUGAGGCGAGCGGCGGACGAGGCCACAGUGCAAGCCUCGCAAGCCGCGCUGGAGAGGGCCAGAGCCCAACAUGACAAACUGCAAGUUGAGAGAGAAUUAGAGGAAGCUAGAGAUAAGCUCACAGCCGCGUUGGAUGCAAACGCACAAUUAGAAAUACAAUUAACUCGCAAAGUAGCGUUAGAUGCCGACCAUAAAAUAGCUGAAAUGCAGGAGGCCGCGCACUCCGAGGAGGAUCGGCCGACUUCACCGGAUCAGGGCAUCGACAGCGACAGGCUCUCUAGCUUGGAACAAAACGACGCCAUUUCGUUGUCACCAAGAUCAUUAUAUGAAGAGAAUGUGAUGCUGAAGCAGAAACUGGCGCGGACGAAGGCGACGCUGGCGGAGACGCUGGCGCAGCUGAACGCGGCCAACCUGCGCAAGCGCAGCGUGCAGCGCGCCAUCUGCCGCGAGAUACACAAGACGCAAGGCGUCCUGCGCAAAGCACGCGACCAAUUUGAAAGUCAUGACUGAAUUAAACUUCGUAUUUUUUAAAUUGUAUCGUUAUUUUUAAUAUUGUUUAUAUAGUGACAUCGUGGCCUUUCCAGUUUACCAUUAGUACUUAUUCAAUAUAUUUUGUAUUAAUACAAUAAAAUGUGACAACUACGUU